CAGCUCUCUGUAGCGGACCGGAGGACCGGAGGACCGGAGGACCGGAGCAGCAGCUCUCUGUAGCGGACCGGAGGACCGGAGCAGCAGCUCUCUGUAGCGGAUCCAGCUCCUCGGACCAGUGCAGCAGCUCAGGUGCUGCUGCGUGGUCCACCAUGGCCCAGAACCAGGUGAUCCUGCAGUUCCACUUCUCCACGUUCGGAGACUCGAUGCUGCAGAAGAUGAACCUGCUGCGGCAUCAGAGGCGCUUCUGUGAUGUCACCGUGCGCAUCAACCAGCUGGAGGUCCCGGGUCACAAGGUGGUGUUUGCUGCCGGCUCCUCCUUCCUGAGGGACCAGUUCAUCCUCCAGCAGGACUCCAGGGAGGUGCAGAUCUCCAUGAUCCAGGAGGCGGAGGUGGGCCGGCAGCUGCUGCUCUCCUGCUACACGGGACACCUGGAGUUCCCGGAGCUGGAGCUGGUCCACUACCUGACGGUGGCCAGCUUCCUCCAGAUGGGCCACAUCGUGGAGCAGUGCACCCAGGCCCUCAGCAAGUUCAUCAGGCCUCUGCCGGCCCACAAGCUGGAGCUGGACCUGGGUCUGAAGAAGGAGAAGAAGGAGAAGAAGGAGGAGAAGGAGCAGGGCUCCUCCUCCCAGAGCCAGAGAGAGCAGGAGCUGCCUCAGGCUGGGACUGUCCAUCAGGAGGAGGAGGAGGAGGAGGAGGAGGAGGAGGAGGAGGAGGUGAUGCCGGUCGGGGACGACAACAACGACGACGAUGACAACGAAGAUGAUGAAGAUGAAGAUGUGAUCAUGCAGCCCGUGUCCUCCCAGCAGGCGUUGGGCCGGCGUGUGAAGCCAGGUGAGAGUGACAUCACCAUCGUGAAGGUGGAGACGGUGUGUGACGCGGCGGCGUUCCCCAGCAGCCCUCCUCCGGCGCUGCGCUCCCCCGAGCCGCAGCACUCGCUCAUCAACUCCACGGUGGACAGCCGCGGCAGCGACCUGGCGGCGCCGGGCGUGGCCGGCUACCCGCUCAGCCCCCCCCCCCCCCUUCCCUCCGGCAGAGAAACACCUGGGCACCAGAGGAGCUACGACAAGCCUCUCCAGUGGUACCACCAGUGCCCCAAGUGCUCCCGCGUCUUCCGCCAGCUGGAGAACUACGCCAACCACCUGAAGAUGCACAAGCUCUUCAUGUGUCUGCUGUGCGGGAAGACCUUCACGCAGAAAGGAAACCUGCACCGCCACAUGCGCGUCCACGCCGGCAUCAAGCCCUUCCAGUGUAAGAUCUGCGGGAAGACCUUCACCCAGAAGUGUUCUCUGCUGGAUCAUCUGAACCUGCACAGUGGAGACAAGCCGCACCGCUGCAACUACUGCGACAUGGUGUUCGCUCACAAGCCGGUUCUCCGCAAACACCUGAAGCAGAUCCACGGGAAGAACAGCUUCGACAACGCCAACGAGGCCAGCCUGCACGACGGCGCGCUGGACUACGACUUUGGCCAAAUAUCGGUUAUAUCUGAGCUCCCGCCGCUAUAGUCGUCCUCCGCCAUGAUGAAAGUCCCAUGAUGCAUUGGGACACUCCCACAUGGAUUCUGAUGCAUUUCAUUGGCCAAGAGACUGAAAAUAGGUGGAAAAACUACAAAAACUACAAAACGACGUAUCCUCUUUCCCGGCUUGAACGGGUUAAACGAUGCAGACUGCCUCAGAUGGAACUUCUUCAUCUUGAAUAAGUUUAUCAGUCGAAGACGGUUUCAGCUGGAUCACGGCUGUCUAAUGCUGGCUAUCAGCUGGCUAUCAGCUGGCUAUCAGCUGGCUGUCAGCUGGCUGUCAGCUGGCUGUCAGCUGGCUAUCAGCUGGCUGUCAGCUGGCUGUCAGCUGGCUGUCAG